AUGGACCGCCCCCGGAGCAUGGAUCAGCCUCCAAAGCCUAUCCACGUGGCAUCGCGGAGCUUACAUCCUACUAUCGAGCCCCCGUUGGCACAAGACCUUUCGGGAUGCAAAACUCCAGAGUCGUUUGGAGAGUCUACCAAUGAUACUCAUUGGUUGCCGGACCCAUUUAAGCAGCACUACGUAAAGGUCAGAGGAUGUUCUAAAGGACGGUUGGACCUGCUGCUGGCUAAGCUACAUUAUUUCGGCUUUUUCGUUCUGGAUAUCCGUAAGCAGCUCCGGAUGGGAAUCGGACCCACGACCUUUGGUUUACAAGACCAACGCUCUGCCACUAAGCUACCGAAGCAAUCAAUUGUUGUUGUAGAGAUCAGGCGCUCUAAAGUUUACGUACGGGUCCAUGGAGGUCCAACGGAAAAACAACGCCUGUAA